CAAUCCAUAUUCGAAGAUAGGAUCCAACUCGGAGUUUUUGAUCGUCAAGUUUCUGGUUAAUAUUUUCUUUCGACAUGUCCCUGAUGAGAAAGAUUAGUUGGCACAAGUUGAAAUCUCCCUUCACAAGUUGUGGCAGAUCACGGAAGGAAAGUGCCAAUAACUUGUCGUCGAGCAAGUCAAGCGUGAAUGAAGAAUACGUGGAAGCUUUCAGAACAAAGUCUUACAUGGAAAUAUGGGACAAAGUCCAUGGCCAGGUGGGAAGAACAAGCAUUGGUAGACGCUCUUCGUCAUCUGUUCUUCCUGAUAUCUAUGAGCAUCUCUCCGAGAAUUUACUUGAACCACGGCAAGAAACCCUAGCGGACGUGAUACAAGGCAUGAAUCUUCAUUCCCUUCUAAUUGACUUUUUCGGAGCUAGCUUAGAAGCGUGUAAAAUUUGUGAAUUACUCCUUCAAGCCAUCCACCAAACGCGCGCUAAUUAUCAGAAAAUCAAAAGGGUUAUCAAGCUAAGCAGAAGCGUGAAGGAUUCUGUAGAUUACACUGGUGACCAAUGCAAGGCUAUUUUUGGAGAGCUUGCUGCGUAUGCACAGUUGAAAAACCCAUUAUCAAAUAUCAGCCCUGUAACCUUUCGUGAUCUUCGUGAUGGCCACGUAGGGUUGUUCCGUAGGCUAACAACAAAACAUAGAAAGAUAAAAAGGAGGGCAAGAUCUCGUAGAAUUUGGAACAGGGUUGGGGGGAUUAGUCUUGUUGUUUCACAUAGUGUUGUUCUGAUUAUGCUGCUAAUCUUUGCAAUCCAUAGCACGGUGGGGGUUCUGGCGGCACCAGCCCUGCUUGCUUGUUCCGUAGGCGUAUCUGCGAAGAAGAUGAAGGUGGGCUGUGGAGGGCUUAAGACAAGAUUGCUUGAAAAACAUGGCGAGCAGCUUGAUGUCGCCGCCAGAGGGGUUUAUAUACUGAUCAAUGAUUUCGAUACGAUGAGCCGGCUGGUUUGGAGGCUUCAUGACGAGGUAGAGCACUGCCAAGCUGCCGCUGGUAUAUGUGUUAAGAAUGGAAGAUGUGAAAUAUUGAAGGAGGUUGUGGGGGAGUUUCUUGUCAAUGAAUCAAGGUUUAUGGAACAAUUAGAAGAGCUUGAAGAACACAUCUACUUGUGCUUUCUCACAAUAAACAGAUCCAGGAGGCUUGUAUUUCAAGAGAUAAUUGGCAGCCCACCAUGACAGAUCUUCAGUUAAUUUUGUGAUGAUGAUUGAUACUACUUCGAUCAUGUUGAUCCAUAAGAGCAAAAUUUGAGACGAAAUUCCUCACAAUCUCGUGGAAUAGAUUUCGUCAAUCAACAACGAAGAUUAUUCAGACUGACUAGCUUGCAGAUGAUCCACUCCACUCUACGCCUCCCGAAGCUGUUGCCGUUUUGCAAGGAAAACUUGUACAGACGUAUAAUUUAUUCAAGUUAUUUUGAAGCAUCGUUCAUUCUUUUGUAAUUUUUUUUUUUUCUAAGCCAUUCUUUUGUAAUUGUAAUUUAUUGAUGCCAAAAGAAAUGUAAUUUAUUGAUGCCGAAAGAUGGCUUUACACAACA